UCCCCCCUCUGCCAGCCGCUGCCGACGGCGCGGGGGCAGCGCGGGGGGCUUCCCCUCUGCUCCGCGGGCGGCCCCGCCUCAGCCCCCGCGGGGAGGCGGCCGAGCCUCUGCCCCCUCCGCAGCGUGUCCGCGGAGCGCCAGCGGCACCCUCCGGCCGCAGCGCCGCCGGCGGCCCUGCGAGAAAAUACCAACGAAAUACGCCAAGAAACACCGAAGCCAGCUUCUUAACACGCUGAGAAAUACCGAAGGAGGAGAAAUCCUCCUUACCGUUCAAAAGUCAAGUUCCCCGAGCUGGAUGCUUCGCUGCCGCGAGGCAGGCUUCUGCUCGGAAGGAAUCGGUCCGGCAGCCUCACGUCUGCUAGGGAAAGACCAAGAUAACGUUAGUGUCACCGAGCUUCGGGAUUCAUACAGGCGCUGAAUCAAUUAUUUCACUUGCAAAAUUAUUUCAAGGAUUUUUGAAUACCGGACGCUAACGCAACAAGCAGCCGGCUCGGUCAGAGGCGGCCGUCUGCCGAGGAGCUUGUCAGCGCGGAGAAGCUGGAGCCCGACCUUUGGGAGACCGCCGCCGUAUGCUGGAGCCUUAAUGCUGGAGCCCGACCUUUGGGAGACCACCGACGUAUGCUGGAGCCCGACCUUUGGGAGACCACCGCCGUAAUUAAAAACUAGGUGUGAAUGGAGUCACAGUAUCUGAAGAGAUGCCUGGGGAGUUGCUUGAAAAAGGGACUGGCAGAGGUGGUAGAGCAUCGGCCAGCAGAUCCAAUAGAGUAUCUGGCACACUGGAUUUACAAUUACAGAAGAAUUUUAGAUGAAGAAAAAAAGAGAAUGUUGGAGAGGACUGAACUGGAACAAGAACGGGAGGCGGCCCUGGUAGAAGUCGAAAUAUUAAGAAAAAUGAAGGAAGAAGAGCUAAUGAUCCAGCGGAAACUUGAAGAACAAUGUCAGGGCCAGUUGGAACAAGAACGUGAGGAGUUGGAACUGCAGAAUGAAGAUGACAAAAUGCUGUUUCAGCAGGAAGAUCAAGAGGAAAUUGGAAAGACAAUAGCUGAACUUACAGAUAAAGCUGGAGUGCCUAAUCUGACCAGAAUUGAGGAGAAUGAACAGUUAGAAAGUAUAACAGAUCUCAUGGCAGAAGCAGAACAAGAAAGUUCCCAACUGAUCUGAAAGCAGUAAAUAUAUUUUUUCUACUCAUUACUUGCUGAACCUGAAGGUUAAUAUUUAUGUAUUUUAUAUAGAGAGCUGAUUUACAUACCUGUUGCUUCGGUUUCUGUGCUUUCUGGGUGCUUGUAUAAAGUCUGUUAAUUCUGCCAUGUGAUGCUUUCUUUUUGUUCUGAAACCAUUGUAGCUAGCACAGCUGACUCAGGAAGAAAACUGCAAUUGAAAUGAAAGCAGUGAAUAUAUUUUCUACUUAUUGUGCAUUGAUUCUUGCAGUGUAAUCAUAAUAAUUGUAGAUAUAAUUGAGUCAAGGUUAUUUUGGAGUAGAGGCUACAAUAUGAUAAUUUGAAUCAAUAUUAAAAGAAUAAAAGAUUAUUGAGAAAGGAUUUCUCAAGGAUUUGAGCGGUUUCUAAUAGAAAGAGGGAAUGCUCUGUGGAUUAGAAGAUGGAGGGGGUUCUGCACAUCAAACUAGAUGCAAAAAUCAAAUCACAAGGUUUUCCCGUUUAUCUGGAAGAGAUAAAUUGAACUCUGUGACUUAGUAGACAGAUGUACUAAAAGAUCUUCUCUGUCUUACAAAUCAUGAGGUGCUUCUUGUAACACUAGGUGUUUGCUGUGUAUAAUACCUUUUUCUGGUUAUUAUGUGAUAUUAGGUGAGUUGCAAGUGUCUGCAUAUCAGUUUUGAUUAGCCAAGUCUUAAAGUGAUUUUUCUGCAUUUUUCUUGAAUUUGCAGAUCACAAAAUUACUUCUGUGUUUUUACUAAAUAUCAUUAGUUCUCAAAGCUUUACUUCUAAAAAAAUUUGGAAGAAUAUUUACUUUGAUCCAUAUUUAUCUGUUAAAAAAUAAGUUUUAUAAUCCUUAAAGCUUGCAUUAAGUUUUAUAAGAACAAAUUUCUAUAAUCACUGUUGUCUUGGUAUAGGUUGUCAAGAAUAUUCUGUGUCUGUUAAUUAUAAAUGGAAAAGACACCAGCAUUAAGAAAUCCUAUGCGUCUUGGCUAAAACAUGCCUUUCCAUCUCAAUGGCUUCUAAUAAUACAGGUUAGUCGGACAAUUAACAUUAAGUCGUUGCCAAUAUUAUAGAGUAAGAAUACUUUUAUUACAAAUUCAGUGCAUAGUUAAUGCAUUCAUUGCAUCAGUUUUGGCAUGGAAGAGAUUUUUGUGAUAAUUUCUCUUUGAUUUGUUUAUAUUAUAUCUAGUUUUAAGGAUUUUGAUGUUAAAAAUAUCUAUAUGCCCAAAAAGCAAAGGUCAACCAUGUAAUAAGUAUUUUUCUGCUCUAAAUAACUUGUUCUGUUCAUGUAGCUCAUACUAGGCAUAAUCCUAGUAACUUUUAAAAAGACAAGCAUAAGCACUAUUGGUUUUUAGUAUAGUAAUACAUCAUUUUGCCCUCAAAAAUAAUAAAAUAUGUUUAUUUAACAA